AUGGAACGCUUUGAUGUCGUGGUUGUUGGUGCAGGAUGGUACGGGCUGAUUGCCGCGCGGACUUACUUGAAGCUGGUUCCCGGUACCCAGCUUCUCAUUGUUGACGACAGCUCUUCGGUUGGAGGAGCGUGGAGCAAGGAGAGAAUAUACCCCAGUCUCUAUGCACAGAUCAGCCAUCCGCUCUUCGAGUAUUCCUUCUAUUCCAUGAAGAAAGAAGGGCUAUCUCCAGACGGGUUCAUCUCUGGAGCGACUAUACAUGAGUACCUGGCCAGCUUUGCGGAAGACCAUGACUUGACUCAAAGAAUCCGUCUUGAGACCAGGGUCACUCACGUUGCCCGGAAUUCAAAUGGGCUGGGGUGGGUGCUGGAAACCAGCAAAGGCCAGCUGGAGUGCGGCAAGUUGAUCUAUGCUACAGGUGCAAAUUCCAGCCCGAUUAUCCCUUCGUGGCCUCGGGACUGCUUCGAGAAGCCGGUCAUUCACACCUGGCAGAUUGGCAAGUACCUUGAUCAUAUCAACAACGAUGUCCAGCGGGCAACUGUUGUGGGUGCGUCUAAAUCCGCAUACGACACAAUGUUCCAACUGCUCAACGCAGGCAAGAAAGUGGACUGGGUCAUCCGCGAUGGCCCCUCUGGGCCGUUUUCAAUCUACGCGCCCACUUUUAUUGGGCUGUGGAAUAUCGUGGACCAUAUUUCCACUCGAAUGGCGGCGAAUUUUAGCCCAAGUAUCAUGAACACUUCGGGGUUCUGGUAUCAUUUUCUUCAGAGAACCAUUGUGGGUAGGGCGGUCACCAAUGUGUAUUGGCGGACGGCCACAUUCCUAUCCGCACGGUAUGCAGAUUACAACAAGAGUGAGCACACGAAAGGCCUACGGGCACAGCCGAAAAGCGACGGGCUCUUCUGGGGGAGCGGCGGAAUCGGUAUCGCGACCGUCCCUAAUUUUUGGAAGGUCAUGCAUGGAGGAGAUGUCAAGGUACACCGGACUGAAAUAGAAUCCCUCUCCCACAAAAACGUUGUCAACCUGAAAAACGGCCACUCGAUCCCUACCGACAUUGUCAUUCUCUGUACUGGGUUUAAUAAAGGGUACGAUACCUUUGACAAGGAUCUUCAAGUGGAACUCGGACUGUUGUACGGCAGCGAUGACGCUUCCAAAUGGGAAGAGCUGGAUGCAAAGGCCGAAGAGAUUGUGAACACGCUUUUGCCAUACCUUAAAAGAGACCCGUUCGCUUCGGGUACGCACGAGGCCUCUAAGAAAAGAGCGCAGGGUCCGAAUAGGCAUUAUCGCCGGCUCGUAGUUCCGCACCUGGCGGCACAAGGCGACCGUUCGAUUCUGUUCCCGGGCCACAUCCACUCCGCCUUCACCCCACUUGCGGCGGAGUUGCAAGCUCUGUGGGGAGUCGCGUUUCUCCAGGGGUGGCUAGACUUGCCCGGCCAGGAGGAAAUGGAGCUGGAAGCAGCCACCUUCAACGCCUGGACGCGGAAGCGGUACCUUGAGCAAGGCCGAAAGCAUUCGUAUUUCAUCUACGACUAUCUCUCGUACAUUGAUACGCUCAUGCGCGAUUUGCGGCUGAAGACGCAUCGAAAAAGCAACAUCUUCGCGGAGAUGUUCGUCCCGUACCGGCCCAGCGACUACCGCGGGCUGAUCGACGAAUUUUUGUCAGCCCGGAAGGCCAGGAAUGGUACUGGCUCGGUCGUUUCGGAGUAG